AUACUGUCUCCGUUACAGAACUUGAGAGUGUGAAUGGGGCUGGAAAGACACUUGUUUGGUCAGCGGAGAACGAAACAGCGCCGUCGAUCGACGUCACGUUCACAAACAAUUUCAACAAAUAGCAAUCGUAAAAGCCGAGGAAGAAUGUUCGGGACAUGCAACGAGUCGCGAAUAGCCUACCGGUGUUGGCUAUGAGGUGUGCUGGUGACCCCCCGGCAAGAAUUAUUACUUCUGGUUCCGACCAGCCCCACGAGCUCGUCACGAAACAUCGCCCUAGCACGCGGAUGAGAGCGCUACGUCAUAGCUCGUGCCGUGACGCAGUUGCAUGAGCUUAGGAUUUCGCCCGCCGAGAUUGUCGCAGUUUGUCGGAAUAUGCUGCGUGAUACCCACCCCCCUCCUCGUGUCUGUCACUUCAACAAAAGGGAUCAUGUUGUCAUAGUCUCUACCCCUCUGUGAUGCCACUCAACCUGACUUCCAUAUAUUGACAACUGUUUUUGAUACUGAGUCAAAACACGGCCGUCGUUCGGCGAAUCCAGACCGCGCGGACCUAAUAGAAGACACUUCUUCUAAUUAGCAUUGCGCGGACCUCAGAGAAGACACCUCUUCUAAUUAGCAUUGCGCGGACCUCAGAGAAGACACUUUACACAGUUACUUUUUAUGAGGACACAACAUGAGACUCGUUACAAUGAAGAUGGAACUAGGUGUUGUGUCAGUUGUUUUGACUUUUUUCUCCGCACUGCUGCUGAGGAGAGUUGAAGGGCACGGGCGAUUAAUAGACCCACCUUCACGUGCAUCAAUGUGGCGAUUCGGUUUCGAAGUACCCCAGGCUGACUAUGAUGAUAACCAAGGAUACUGUGGAGGUCAGACACAACUGUGGAACAGAUUUGGGGGCACGUGCGGUGUUUGUGGAGAUCCAUGGGACCCCGUUCCACGUGCUCACGAGAGGGGAGGAAGAUAUUACAGUGGUACCCCAACGCGGGAAUACAAUGAAGGUGAUGUCAUCGAAGUGACCACUGACGUCACAGCCAAUCACAGAGGUUGGUACGAAUUCAGACUCUGUCCCUACGAUGACCCGGAUGAAGAUGAUAUAGAGACGGAUGGCAACGGUAACUUCCGGGAGGUUUCUCACGCAUGCCUAGACAAGCACAUCCUAGAGACGGAGGAAGGGGAGACAAGGUGGUACCUCCCGGAGCCGUACAAGAUAGGGACGUACACCGUGAAGGUCAAACUUCCAUGGGGGAUUAGCUGCCGGAACUGUCUGUUUCAAUGGAAGUGGAACGUUGCUAACAGUUGGGGCCAGGAUCCAGACGGAACAUCCUGUAUUGGGUGUGGGAAACAGGAACAGUUCUACGCCUGUUCUGACAUCUCCAUCAACCCUGGUAACGGAGGACCUGGUUGGCCAGAGGAACCUUUCUACCCAGAUGCCCCGGAACCUCCUGUCGAGACACCAGAGCCGCCGUACGAGCCUCCUUUCGAACCUCCAGUCCAACCGCCUCAACCUCCUUUCGAACCUCCACAACCUCCCUUCGAACCUCCAACGCCCCCUUCAUAUCCUCCAGAACCACCUCAGUUCCCAAGACAUCCUCUUUUCCCUCCUCAGCAUCCUCCCCAGUUUCCGCCUCAACCUCCAUUCUUUCCCCAACAACCCCCACAACACCCAAUCCUCCCUCCCCAACCACCAUUCUACCCGGAGGCACCUCAACCACCUCUGUUCCCCCCAUUCCCACCCCAACCCCGACCUCCAAUCCAGCCAAUCCCACGCUUCCCGGUCUACCCCCGAACAACCCCCAAGCCACUGGGAUUUCCCGACGGCGAGGUGCCGGAACGUGCCACCUGGCCUACCCCUUUGUCCACCCCCCGUCCAACAGAAGCCACCCUGCCCACCAGACCCGUCACCACACCCGAACCGAAGACAAAGAAGCCAGUCAACUUCUGGAAAUGGUUGUCGAAGCACCGCACCAACAUCACCCGAGUCACCGUCACCCCUCUCCCCUCUGUCAAGAAGCUGCCUCCAAAGAUGUUGCCGUGGUGGGUGCGAGCACCUGCGGACAGUCUUGCCGCUGGAUUAUGGAAGGUCUUCAGCAAGAUCAACGACAGCUCUAUAGAUGACAGCGACACAAGCAACAGGUUUGUUACAAAGAAAUCGGGACAAUCUGCUCCUACAACCACUACAACCACAACUACAACAACCACUCCUUUACCUACGACAACAACUACAGCAACAACAACUACGACUACUACAACGGUCCCCUCAACAACGUUAACGCCAACCCAGACAUCAGAAACAUUCCCCUGGUGGAUAUACUUCGGAAGAAGGGACCGACCUUUCUCCCAUCUUCCAUACUGGCUUGGGGGAGAUCCGGACCCCCUACCCUACCACCCUGAUGACAUUCUGCCUCCUGAAUCCCCUUUUGACUCUAAAGAUGGCGACUAUGGAGCAUUUGGUGCAGAUAAGCCAAUCAACGCAGCAGCAGGAGCAGGGGGACCUAACUUCAUCCCCAACAUUAAUCCCAACCGAGGGGAGGUCCCCAUCGAAAGGAUGUGCACCCCUGUGGGUGUGUGGAUUGAGAGACCAGAUAUGUGGGAGUGGUGUAGCCUCAACUGCGCUGUCGGUAAUUGUCCAGAAUCUCACUGUAUGUGCUCGGACGCACCACAGAAGUAGUUGCCCCGUGAACGAGAAUGAAAGAGAAUAAUACCCUGUACAUGUGCGCAUGAAUCAAACGUUGUACCAUAUAGAGUUUAUCAUAAAUAAUGUCUUAGAGGUUCGUAGAAGACGUCUCACAUAGUAUAUAUAUAUUCUCCGUUGGGAUGAAGAAGAGUACAUCUUAUUCUUGCAUGGUUGCUGCUCAAGGCCUUCGGGGAGUAAGGUAAGGUGCAGUGAGCUGAUUUGAUGCAAGUCACAUACUCAAGAAGGACCAGAAGAUACAUUCUAGGAGGACUAAAGAUCCCCAAUGGUUGAAGAAGGUUUACAUGUAGCGAAAAUGCUUUGGAUUGAUCAAGAUGAUUUGAUAAUACAAGUUUGUAUAAGGCACAACACAAGGUGGCUUUAGUUUGUGAACUCGAACGGGUUGCAAUUAUUUGGAUAUGACAAAUAUUUUGAAUGCUGGAUUGAAGGUCACUUCAAUUAUGAAAGGGGUAAGUGGGUUUGAAUGAUGAUCAACGAUUGUUGAUGAACAUUUUAACAUGGGUCAUUCUCAUGCCAGUACAAACAUAUGUCCGAAUCAGUCCAACCGAUGCGGCGGUCGGGCAGCCUAGUGGUUAAAGCGUUCGCUCUUCACGCCGAAGAUCGGGUUCGAUUCCCAUUUCUGGUGUCCCCGCCGUGAUAUUGCUGGAAUAUUGCUAAAAGCGGCGUAAAGCCAUACUCACUCACGCACUCAGUCCAACCGAUACCCAGAGGUCAAUACCGUUGUCAGUUCAUCAACACGUCACAGUUGAACAAAUCCUCAUUAGCCAUAUGUGGGAAUAAUGACUUUCUUGUGGCAAAUUCAUAAGAGCAGAGAACUGACCAACCAUGAAAGAGCGUUUCAUCUGUUGUACAAUUCUUGACAUUCCUGAAAAUACGUACUUCAGACAAUCAAUCUUUUGGAAGCCGUUGUUUACGUCUAGUUAUGCCCGGCUUCCGUUGAUGCCCUGGAUCCCGGAUUGUAAAGGUUCCACUGUAGUGUAGCGUCAUCGUUUUUUUACAUGUACAUUUGACCAACACAAUGUACAUUAUGAACAGCUAAACUAUACCACUGAAAGUCCAGUGUUGACUUGUAAUACAUUAUAUUGUAUAUUAUCACAUGUUUGGUACAUGCAGCAUGUUCGAUGUGUAAUAUGUACUGAUUUAUAUGGUGUAUAUGUUCGCCUUUGGACAUGACUUAAACAAGUAAGGCACUAUUCUUGAGGGCCGCCAUGACAUUCUGUAUCAUUCUUAACGAGUCACUGAGCCGUUGCUAUGCUCUCUCAUUGCAAUACAAAUCAUUCUAUACGGGCAAUGAUAAUCUCGCUAAAUUCUUUUAGCAGAUGUUUUUGGGGAAGUUGGUCCAUGUUUUAAUUGAUGAUUGCUUGAGAAACGUAUGAUGUUUACAAAUAUAUUUCAGAGACAAUAUAGGCUGCUUUUAGAUAACGAAUCAGCUUAUUGGCCUGUAUUUGAAAUAUUACAAAUGUAUAUAAGUUAUCAAAAUGUUACAUUUAGUACUUAAAAAAAUCUUCUCUGUUUGAAAAAGCAUUAACGUAAAGAACUUAUAUGGUGUAUGCGGACGAACAGCAUUUUAAUUUUAACUUGAAAAAGGCAAUAGCCAAUGUCUCGAUAAAAUAGCAUGCUUUAGCAAUAUUUAAAAAGCAUGGUCCUCUUGCUCACCGAGGCGCUAAGCGGCUUAAGCUUGCUGCUUGCUGCUCGCUGCUCGCUGCUCACUGUGCUCAGCUUAAUCGUGCAAUACUACAUUACAUCACAUCUGCAACUGUGAUGACGUCAGCUGGUUUGAUAUAUAGAUACAUAUUACCUACCAUGAAGGCAAAAGGCACGAAGGGAAACUAACAGGAGAGGUUUUGACAAUUAUCAAAAGAAUUUACACAACUAUUUUUGCAACUGAUCAUUCUUUUUACAGAACAUUCAUAGGAUUUCAAAACUAUUUUUUGAACGAGCAAAAAAGUAAAGCUAUUUUUUUUAACAUAUAAAUUCAAAAUUUAAAUGGGUAUUUUGUUUAACAAUCUUAAUAUUCAUGGCCAGAAUAAGUCUUAUAUCUUCCGUUUUUAAAUCAGCCACGUUUAUUGUUUUGCCUUGGACAAUAUGAUUAUUGCUUGUGCAUAUUUUUGUAUAUUGUAAAUACAUGCAUUUCGUUAUCACGAAGUAUUAUCAGUCGUAUUUAUAUUAAGAAAUCUCAUAACUUUUGUAUAUAUCGGACUUGUAAAAAUAUUGUUUACACUUUCACAAAGCAUUGUUUUGUUCAAUAGCAAAACGGAUGAAUAUGUCACUUAAACUGAUAAUGUCAUCAUUUACAAUUUCUAGGUUUAAUUUAAGAUAAGUAGAUUUCGAAAAUGGAUCGAAUAGAUGUGAUGAUGUUAAGUGUGGACAAAUAUUGUAAAUAGUUUGUAACUAUAGUGAAUGCUUGGUAUAAAUGUGAUUAUUUUCUACUUUUCUACCUUUUUGUAUGGAGAUGAAUAAAUCAUUGAAC